AUGCAGGAGCCGGGUGCGCGCAGGGCGGUCACACCCGCGCCGGCAGACACGGCGCUGCCCUUCACACACACCCCGGCGCAGCCCGAGCCGCGGGGACGCGGCGGGCUCCAGAGGCGAGCGGCUCCCUGGCAAGGCGAGCGGCUCCCUGGCAAGGCGAGCGGCUCCCUGGCAAGGCGAGCGGCUCCCUGGCAAGGCGAGCGGCUCCCCGGCAAGGCGAGCGGCUCCCCGGCAAGGCGGCGGCCCCGCCCGCGGCGGGGGACGAUGCGCGGGGGCGCGGCCGGGCCGGGGCCGCUCCCGGCGGAGGCCGUACCUGCUGCCGGAGGUGCGCGGGGCGGGGGCCGAGCGGAGCGCGGAGCGGGGAUCGGGGGGCGGGGAGGGGGCGGCGGCCUCCCGUCUCCGGGCGGGCUGUCCCGCUUCACUCUCUCCUCCCCGCCGAGCAUCGCGGGCGCGGAGCCGCGGCUGCGGCGCGCAGGGCGGCGGCGGGAGCGGCGCGGAGGAUGCGCUGAGCGGGCGCGGGAGGCGGCGCGGCCGCGGCAGGUCAGUGGUGAGACCCCCACCCCCCGUCCCCGGGCCGCGCUGCGCACCCCGGCCCCCCGCACCCCCGGCCGCUCCCCAACUUUUCCCCGCACCACUUCGGGAAAGUGCCCAAACUUGCGAUGGGGACCCUCGUCCCGUGUCCCCCCCUUUCCCGGCGGCGCGACCCCCUCACCUCAGGGCUGCCCUCGCGGCGCCGUAAUUCCCGGUGCCGGGAAUUGGGGGUGGAGGGGCGGGGGUCGCCCCGGGGCUGCGGCGCGGCCCCUCCGCCCCAUCCCGCUCCGCUGCCCCCGCAGCCGGGCGGGGCCGGCCCAGCCCCGCUCGGGCACCGGGACACAACUCCAGGUGAGGAUGGAGCUGGCGGCUCCGCCGGGCUGUGCCUGCUCGCGGGUGCGAGUCCGGCGUGGGUUUGUGUAG